AGCAAGCAGUAGAAGGUACAUUGGACGGUGCGGAAUUGUUUGAUGUGUUGUUGCUCUGACUCUGGCUAACUGGCUCGGUGCACUGUGUUCUGCUCGUACGAUACGCGCGGUAUUCGUAAAGCGGCCCUCCACAAGAUGCAAGGGAGGAGAGUUCGCGCCCGUUUGUUGUGUGUUGUGUUGUUUCAAGGGAUUUUUCAUUAGAGAAGCUUAGUAUUUGCAUGACGUUCGGGUAAAUAAGACAUAGAAAAUAUGCAAUCCCUGACAACAGCUAAGGUUUUCCGCAGGUGACGAGUGUACAAAGUUCGAUGUGAUUUGAUUGGCACAAACAUACCUUUCAGCAAUUCAGUAUUCAUUUCUGCAAACCGAGUGUAGAAUAUGUUACGUGCUUUUCUUCUAGAAUAGUUUGCGAAUGUAUAUAUAAUUGAUGUAAAAUAAGUAUGAAUUGCUUAGAAAAGUUAGCCGGUAAGCGGUUGUUGCUGUCGGAAUAAAUGUUUGUGAAAUACGAAGAUUUCUCAUAAUCAAAAAGAACCGGGUACAGAAGAAAUAAAAUCGGCGGCAGUGAUUAGUGUAAAAUAAAUCGCAUAGCAUUACAACUGAUUAAGUUCCUCUAGCCAUUGCAUUGUGUCGACAGGAGUCCAGCGGUGAAUUAAAAAAAAAGUGUUUCCUAAUUAUGUGUCUUCAGGUUGGUAAAUCCCUUCCGAUUGUGUGACGCAAGUUGAGCGGCGCGCGAGAAAAACCAGCGCCAGCGAGCAACAAGAAAGAAGAAAGUGAGAAUCGAAGGCAAAAAAAUUUAAGAUUUAUGAUUCGAUUGCAAUCACCGUAUAGAAAACCGAGGAAAAGGCGACGCAAGAAAAAAGAGAUAAUUUAUUAGUAUUGGAUUCAAAUUCAAAUAAAAAAAUACGAAAAUAAUAGAAGGUAAAGCCGUUUUGGCGACAACCGCAACGGAUGAUUCUUCAUUGAAAGUGAAAGUGUGAAUGAGAAAGUAAAAAAAGUUGGUAGUCAAUUAAUAGCGCUCUUCUUUUCGUAAGGAAGUGAGAAAUCGUUCGUAGCAAGGAUAAAAAGGAAAAACUAUUAAAAGUUAAAACCCUACGGACGUAAUACCAGCUCGAUAUUGAUGUUCCGACACCUCAUUUAGAAUCAGCUUUUACUGAUUGUUUCUGGAUUAGUUGAUCAUUGGAAAUUAUUUACUGCAGCGUACCAGGAUCCUAAACUCGGACAAGCGUGUAUGGAUGUGAUUUCGGUUAUUAGUGGAUUUUUCGUGCGAUUGAGUGUGAUUGCUAACAUAUAUUGAGCAAAUAUUUUCACCCUAUUCAUCAUCGAGUUGUAUAAUCCAUCUUCAACACAAUCACGCAUGCAAGGCAUAAAUUCAGCAAAAAAGUCAAUACACAAUAAAAAGCUUUUGUGAUAGUUUUCUAAAGCAAGUAAGCCUAUUUUAAGAAAAUAGUGAAAGUAUUAAGUGGAAGUGUGCGAGUUUUAAUGGUAUCAUCGUAUAAUCAUCGUUGAAUUCAUGAGUUGUAUGCAACUGUCAUUAAUCCCAGAUGAAUCAGAUGGUUGAUUACUAACCUCCUCGAUAAACAGGAGCUGUGUGUUUGGAUUUUGUGGAACAGCCUCUUGCUGCUUUUAAAGCAAAGUCAAAGAUACAACCAAGCUUGAGCCUAAACCAAACUUUUCAUAAUGACGAUGAGUACAAAUAACUGUGAAAGUAUGACAUCAUACUUUACAAAUUCCUAUAUGAAUUCAGACAUGCACGGCCACUACCCUGGCACUGGUGUAGACGGAUUAGAUACUAGUCAGCAAAUGUACCAUCACAGUCAGAGCCAUGCGGGUCAGGGAAAUAUGCCACCGUAUCCGCGUUUUCCACCGUAUGACCGGAUGGGAUAUUACCAACAAAAUAUGGAUCCUGCCGGAUAUGCGCGAGCCGAUAGUCCAUCGAGUCAGGUGGGUGGAGUGAUACCUCAGCAAACCAACGGCAAUCCCUUACAGCAAACCCAAGUACAACCUCAACAGCAGCAACCAAUAGUUUAUGCCAGCUGUAAAUUACAGGCCGCAGUAGGUAAUGGCCCAAAUGGAAUAGGAACAUACGGUGCUGAAAAUGGUUCGCCUCCAUUGGAACAGUUAGGUCACCAUAUGAACACGGCUCAAAUGACAAUACCUCAGCAUCACAUGGCACACGCCCAGGGUCAGGAUUGUUUCUCGCCCGACCAGGUGCACCAGAACCCGCAGCACAUGGGAAUGUACACAAACGCUGGUGGUGGUCCUCCCGGAGUUGUACCGCAACAACCACCGAAUAUGAUGCACCAGCAACCCCCGCAACUACACCAAGGACAGCAACCACCGCCAAAUAGUCAAAAUUCCAACUCUGGACUACAGUCUCCACUUUACCCAUGGAUGAGGAGUCAGUUCGAACGAAAACGAGGCCGACAAACAUAUACCCGAUACCAAACUCUAGAGCUUGAGAAAGAAUUCCACUUCAAUCGUUAUCUGACCAGGCGAAGGAGGAUCGAGAUCGCCCAUGCACUAUGUUUGACAGAACGUCAGAUCAAAAUUUGGUUUCAAAACCGAAGAAUGAAAUGGAAAAAGGAAAAUAAGACCAAGGGUGAACCUGGUUCGGGAGACGAGAAUGAUAUGACCCCGCCGCAAUCACCGGCGUAAAUAACUGUGCUCAUCUCUAACUAGCUUAUAAAGUACUAGCAAUUUUUAUAAAAGUAUCCUCCUUUAAGUACAGAGAAGUCAUUUUUAUUAAGUUUAUAAUAUAAAUAUCGCCUGUCUCAUUUUCAGUGUCACUAUCAUUUCAAUCUAAAUUCAUUAUUAUAGAUUUUUUUUUGAUUUACCAACCAAUCACCAGCCAUGGAUCAAAAUUUAAUCUCCUUACCAACAUGUUUACUGUACACAGAAAUACAUGUUAACUAAUUUAUUAGAAAAAUAAUAUGAAAAAAAGCAAAACAACUCAUGUGACCUCAGAACUAAUAUUAAUUUAGAAUUACAAGAUCUAUACAUUCAACAAAGCAGAUCGCAGACUAAAGGAAACAGAGAAAAAUUGAAUUAAACAAGUGACAUAAUUGUGCAAUGAGGAGAAAAUCUUUUAUCAGUUUUAGAUGAAAGGUUACUACUUGUGGAAGAGAAAAAACGAUAAUAUUCUAAUAAUACACGUACAAAAGUGCUUGAAAAUUCGGUAAUAACUAUGGGAAAAUACAAAUCAAAAAAUUAUAUCAAUUACUUGGCAGUUUAUUUUUGUUGUCAUUUAGUUUGAAAUGGGAAUUUAUACCUUUCAGGAACUUUUCUGUUUCCAAAACCAUCCAUGUUUAUCCCUUUUCAGGGUGAUUUUAACCUCACUCAUAGCAAACGUUAGGUGAAAUAUAAUAUCCAAACCAACUAUACCAAAGGCAAUAGUUUAAUUUAUUCACUUUCAUUUGCAUUCAUUUUAUUUAAAUCUCGCAGUAGUGGAACGGAUAUAAUUUAUUUGAUUUUUACUGUUGUUACUCAUUCAUACGUGCCCAUACAAAUUAAAUUCCGAGGAAACAUUUUCUCAUAUGUAUUAUAAUAGGCUUUAUAUUAUAGCAAUACAAUCGAAUCCCAGUGAUGCAAGUUCAACUUCUAAUUUGAGUUAAAAUUGUCUUUAAAAGCUUUUAUUUGCAUAAUCAGGCACAAACGAGAUAAAAGAGAACUUAUCAAACAUCUAUAUACGAAAGUUGGUAUACGACUCUUGUAAGAAAGCUGUAGAAUAACCAGUUUAGAUAUAUUUUACAAAACAUCAUUCAUACUAUUGGCGAUAGUUUGAUUUGGACAAUGUCAAGAGAAAACGAAAUCAGAACAUGCCGGUGUAAAAUUCCUGAUGGAAUUGUUUGAAAAUAGGAUACGUAAAAAAUAUUGUGAUUACUCUGAAGCACCGCCCGUUGUUUUGGGGACUGGUCCAAAAAUUGAUUGCGGCUAAUGCAACAAAAAUACGUAAACAAGGUGAAAUGUGUAUUUAUAAUUUAUACAGAACCUAAUUCGUGGAAACAUAGAAUAUGCGUAAAACUCAUGACGGUAGCCUAUAAGGAUUGUGUAAUUAAUACAAACAUUACUAGACAGAAAGAUGCAAAUCCCAAAAAUUGUAAGUGAAUAUGAAGUAAUAACAUACGAUUGCAGACGAUGAUAACGAUGUACGUAAAAUAUAUAUAAUCAUAAUUGGUACGGGAUAAAUCUACAGAAUUAAGACAUAAAUAUAAAAUUAUCUCGUUAAAAGGACAAACAACUAUGUUAUGAAUAAAUGAGAUCCUAAGAUACUUUGAAUAUGAGAUAAUGAACUGUAAUAAAAUUUGUAAAUACCUGACCCACACAAACUGGACAAGUAAUAAACAGAAAGAUAAAAUUAUACAAAUAGGCUUUUCAAAUAUGCUAC